AUGCCUCCUGCCCAUAACAUAGCUGCGCAGACAUCACCCCCGUCCCGGUUGGAUUUGCUCCGCGAGGCGCUGACGAGACCGAGCCAAGCCCAGAAACACCAGCAGCCCUCGCAGGUUGCUGAAUUGCACUCCCCACCGAGCGAAGUCGCACCCCACCAAGAGGAAUCGGAGAAAACAUGUUCGGAAACGAGUGAUGAUCCAGCUGACGAAAACCAAGAAGGUGGAAACUGGGAGACCCAUAGCUUUGGUGUCUACGAAGCAUCGAGACCUUGGACAGACGCCCAUAAGAAGUGGGAUGACCUUAAUCUUCCAGCGAUGUGCGACUUAGAGCGCAGACUUCGGUUAGUAGCCCCCAGCCGGUCUUCUUGUUGUCGUGUGUGCAAGAUCCAAGGCUAG